AUGUCCUGCAAGAAACCGUCAACUUCCGCCUAUAAUGCGGACAAAGCCCACAUUGCUGAGAAAGAAAGGGAGCAGCAACGUACAAGGGAGGCUGAGCAAUGGUGGGAAAAAGCGAGACGAAGAACCACGAUUGCGGAAUCAAAUGCCAUGUGGGAUAAAGCGCUCAAAGAACACUAUGGCAAGGACUUUUGGCAAGUGAGGGCGUGGAAAUAUGCCUGCGCGAACCGCCACACUGCCAGCUCAACCCCGCUUGAGGAUGGCAGCGCGUCUGAGGGGCACAGCGGGGAUUCCAAACAGGGAGGCGACGGAUCAAACCCCCCUGAGGAAAAUGAUGCCGCCGAGGUUGAGAGAUUGAUCAUGCCGGGUCCGAUUGCCGAGGUCGGCCGUAACCUGGAGGAGAGCGCGGAGGGCCAUGACCUCCAUCGCAAGAAGUGA